ACGAACUAACGUAAUUCCUAAAAUAGAUGCAAACGCAGGAAACACAUUGUAUAAAAAUAUUCUAUUUUGGAUCGAAAGAUAACUUCGUGGGUGGGUUUUUACGUAGGAGUAAAGUUAUUAGUCGGCCUUUCGCUUUCAUUUGUGCAACUAGUUUGUUCGAUUUCCUGUAUGCAAGUGCGAUGUUUAAUUAAUAUGAAAUAAAUUAUUAUAUUUUCAUGUGUAAAACCUGGAAUUUCAAUACAUUGCGUUUUGUACUUUUUCGUAAUGUUCGGGUGUCAAAAUUGUUGACAUUGACACAUUGAUCGAGAGAAAAAAACUGCAAACCGACGGGACGUUCAAUCAAAACAAAUAAACAUUUAUUUCUAAUUCUUUCGUGAAAAGUAUAACUCAACCGAAUGUGACUAUUUUACAAAUAUAUAUUGUGUAAUUACCAUUUUUAUUUUAUUUUUGAAAUGCCCAUCGGCAGAAAACGCUGGAAUCUUCAUGAUGGACCACAAGGCUCUCUGCGACGCCUGCGUAAUCAACUUGCAGAGGAUGGUUGCGCUGAGUCCCAAGUGGUACUCGCUGAACAACUCUUGGAAGAGAAAUGUGAAUUAGAAGCAGACAAGAUAUCAAAUUUCAAACAAGCACUAGAAUGGUUGAUAUGUGCAACGGAACAAGCGCACCCUAAAGCCAGAAGAAUGUUGAGAAGGUGCAUUAGAAGUGGUGUUAUUGACGAGGAUAGCGCGGCGAUAGUUCGUGCCAAGUCGUGCCUUGCAGCCAGUCGACAGGAGAUCGUCGCCAGGAAAGCGGCCAGAGAUCUAUUUGCCAGUUUAUCGAACGGCGAGGAAUACAUAACGACGGCGCAACUGGAGCGACGCAUCCGUGAGAUUUGCAGCACCACGCUACGGAAGGAGCCCGACGAUACCGAUUCGCCGGACGAUGAUUCACCAGGUAUAGUCAAUAAUGAUGCCCGAUAUUUAGACUAGACUAAGAAGUUGACAGUAAAAGGAUGUGGUAAAAUAUAUUUUGUAUUCGUCCGGAUGCCAACCAUCGUACA